AUGGAGGUGAGGGAGACGGAGGAAGGCAGCGGGGAGGCGCAGAGACGGGCGUGCGGGCGGAAGAGGGAGUGUGGGCGUGCGGGCGUACAGGCGCAGGCGGACAGCGUGGAGGCGGGCAACGCGGAUGCGGGCAACGCGGGGGAGGCGCAAGCAGGCAAGGCGCAUGAGUUGUUGACAAAGCGGCAGGUGGGCGUUGGGAAUGGGGAGGGCGGAGUGGAGGACUCACCAAAGCAGGGCCACGGUACAUCGUCGUGGCCCCCCGAUUCCAAUCUCCAUGCUGAGGACGUCUGGAUGGACGUCCUCGUGCGUCUUGACGUUGUGAGGGCGGCAAGCAGGGUAAAGGGCGGGAUUGAGGUCGAGGUCGAGGUCAGCCUGAGGAAGGAAGCGAGGGGCGUCUACACGGGCGCGCAUCACGGAUCAACGGGUGCAUCUGUAGCUGCCGAUAGGCUAUGGCAACAGGUGCUCCUAGCGAUUCACUGCUGCUCAACAGGGGUUCAUCGAGAGGUGGCUCAGUCGCGAGAGCUUACAGCGGCAGGCCAGCUUCAAAAGACGAUACAGAUCGCCGCCGCCGAGAUCUGCAUUGAUACCCGCGACAAGCUUGCCCUGGCCCUUCAUCGGCUCCAAUACGGUUCGGUAAAGGUGUGGGAGAGCGUGGUGAUACCAAUCUUUGCAAACGAGUACGCAGUUGGCGAGAGCCCGUACGUGUCGAUCGCGAGGAAUGCGAUAUCAGUGACCAGAGGGAACGACGACAUGCCAAAGAAGACAGGCGUCGCCAUGUUCCUCGCCGUCGGGGUGUGGAUGAUGAUUGGUGUGGGGGAUGAUUACGGACAAGAUGGCGAGAGGCGGAUGUCGGAGAUGAUGAGACACCACGCGAGGACUUAUAGUCGUGGUUACUAUGAAUGUAGAAGUUCGGCGCUGCCUUUGGAACCUGGCACGCCGGGAAUAUCAAAAUUUCUGCUCGUCCGAUAUGUAUGA